AUGGAGAACUCUUCCACACCGCUCGCCGACUACUUCUGGAUUGCCGGGAUAGAGCACGUCACCUACGAUGAUGGCUCGACGCCUCAGCAACCCCAGCAACUCGAUGAUACGAUCGUCGAAGAUGGCGAGGGAGAGGACACCGAUAGCUCGGCAGCGACCCCCUCGCGUGCUACGGCUCGGCAUUCCCGCCAAAGCUCAGCCAACCGCUUAUCCACCUUGUCCAAACUCUCCCUAUCGCCCUCCAUUUCAGGUGGCGAUAGCCGACCGCUAGAGGACAUUGACGGCAACACGAGGAGCAACCGCAGCAGCGCGACCAUCCGGCCCAUACCCCCGCCCAACUUUAGCGGUGCAAAUACCAACGGAAAUGGGUUUGCCGAUCUGAACGGCUUUGGCGGAGGAGCGGGGAUCGGAUUCGACGGUUUCCCCGCCGGCUUCGACUUUGAUGAAGCUCUCCUCAAGUUCGCCGCGGAGCGGGAAAACUUCCUCGACGAUCUCAGCUUCACCGCCGGCGCAAAGAUCCACACGAGGCCCCCAAUGGUCAACCCGAGAGCUGAUAAGUUGAGGGCUGAGGAUGCCGACGCGAGUGGGAGGAAGAGCCCUCUUAGGAGCAUCGGUGGCAGCAUCCGCCGCAAGAUGAGUUUUAGGGAUAUGAGCAGCGUGAGGAAGCAGCCCAUGCCCCCAAGAGCGGCUUCCGUUCGCACGGCGAAGCGUCUAAGCAACUACAACUCGGUUAUCCCCCCUCCCGAGCCGCUAAACCUAGACCCCGACAUGCACCCGCUUAAGAGGCGGUUCGAGCCGGUCUUGCUCGACAGGUAUCCCCAACGAGAUGCCUCGCCGGACGAGUUGGCCAGGCGGGGCAAGUUCCCAGACUACGUACCCAUGUUCGCCUUCCCCAACGACAUCCAGAUUGUGUCUUCAGACGAGCGCCCUCGUUCGACUUGGCACGGGUUUACCAUGACCUCGGACGACAAUUCCAAGAUCUACGGAAUCACCAUUAUUGUUUGGGCGGCGCUGAACGCGGAGGUGGCCGAAGAGGUUGAGAAGCGGUGCGAGCUGUGGCGGCAACGGCACAUGAGCAACGAGGAAAGGGAGCUCGCUGCCAGUCUGGGGGGCCGCCUCGCUGCGGAUCGCGCACAUCUAUCUCAGCUGCUGGCACAACUCGGCACCGUGCCCUCGGGUUCGGCGGCGCGAGACUCUAUCGACGAAGAAAUCAGCGCCGUCGAAGAGAAGAUUGCGCUCAUGACAGAGAUGUUGAGGCCGCUAAGGCACGGCGCCGCGUCCAAGAUCGACGGCCUUACGGCGGGUGAGACUGGCCUCUGGACACCACGAGCGUUCGGGAUUCUUGGUAGAGACCCUGCCAAGAUGGGCUUUUGGAAAGAGUGGCUCAGGGCGGUGACUGUGCCCAUGACCGACGGCGCCGUAAUGCGGAUCUCGCCGAGCUCUCCCAAGGUUGGCCGUUGGCAGCCGUUAGAGCGCUACGUCAUCAACCUCUGCACUGAGGCUUUCAGCCCCCUGAGUUCACUGACCCAAGUGGAGUUGGGCGUGCGGGAGUUGCGGCUGUAUGCACGGAAGGAAGCGGCCAACGAGAUCCCGGGAUCGAGAACUAUCGACAUCUACGCCCUUUUCAGGUGCUUGUCGUUGGAGAAUAUCGUCCUCCUCCUCGAAUGCGCCAUGUCCGAAGCCCGCAUCAUAUUCCUAUCGUCCCACACCGGCAUGCUACAUCUCGCGUGCCAUGCCCUCGCAAACCUCCUUUAUCCUCUGAAAUGGGCGAGCAUCUUCAUCCCGGUGUUGCCCGCCCGGCUUAUAUCUGCCCUCGAGGCGCCCUGCCCAUACAUCGUCGGAGUGGAGAGACGGUACGAGAAGAUCGAGCUCCCCGACGAUGAUUAUGUGCUCGUGGACCUCGACAGGGACUCCAUCGACGCCACGGCGCAUCCGGUCAGCUUGCCGCGACAACACCGACGGAAGCUUCUCUCGUUGCUCCAGGUUGCUGCCCCUCACCGCUUGCGGUACGGGGUUACAGCUGGGCCUCCUCCGUAUGCUGUCGAGGCCUUCCCAUAUGAUGCUUUUUCGGCCGAGGCCGAGACAAUCUUCAACCCGAGCACUGUCAAGAGCUCGCUAGGCAAAUGGGUGACACAGAAUUCGUCCACGUUUGGCGAACCAGACCCUCCCAGCUCGAUCCGCACCCCCCUCUUCAACGCCUUUGCCAAGGCGAAGGUCGACCCGAGCAAGAUGGAGAGGCCGACUACGUCCAAGUCGAGCAAGGGCAGCCCUCCGUCGUCUGUGUCGCCCGUCUCGAUGCACUUCCCGCCGAUGCCCACAACUCCCGUGUCGCGUAGCGACUCCGGAUUUGCCCAGACGCUUAGAGAAAAGCGGUCGGGGCACUUCGACGAUAAGUCUAGGCGCAGCUCGUCGUUCGGCAUGGAUAGGCACCAUCCGUCCAUGCACCGGCCAAGCCUUCCCUUCCUCAACGGACACAGCCAAAACCUGUCGAUAUCGGCCAUCUCGGUCGACUCGCAGUCGUCAUUCGGAGGCUACGCACCUUCAACGUACGCACAGUCGACAAUUGCUGCGUCAACCAUCAUGCCCAACAUGACGGUUCAGCCAGUGCGGAACACAGAGAACACGGUUUGGGUGGAAGGCCACUGCUUCAAGUGGACAGCCUCUGAACUCAACUCGACCUGCACGAUCUGCGAGGAGAGGUCAGAAGGGGACGGCCUUUAUAAAUGCAAUGGGUGCAACUGCCUCUCUCACAAUCGGUGUCUCGGGUUCGUCUCGCUGGUAUGUCCCGAGGCGUUCCACCCCGAUCGCGUGCGGGCAGCGUUUGUGCGUUGUAUGGCCAGCCUCUUGUACACCUACCGCAAGCACCUCGGCCGGCCAACCAGGGAGCAAAAGUCCAACGGCCAACUCUACGCCUUUGAGAUGGAUGCCUUCAUCCGCAGCCUGCCGUACGACCAGCAAGAGUACGCCACCAUGAUGCGGGACACCCAAGCCUUCAACGAGUUCAUCCACGAACGCGAGCGACAGCCCGCCACGGACCCAUCCAUCCGCCUCUUCGACGAGAUCAUCCUCGCCAAGAAGGCCCGCGGCCGCCCCGUCUUCUCGUCUGGCCUCUCGCGCCUCUCCACGCUACGCGGCGCCCACGGCCUGUACCCGGGCAGCUCCAGCGGCGGCGGCUUCACGGCCCCCAACGCCGCCGCUGCCGCCGCCGCAGGCCGCGCCGCCAAAAUCCCCGGCUACCUGUCCGACACGACCGACCACAUCUGGCGCACCGCGUCCGUGCCCGUGCCGUCGGCCAAGUUCCAGGGCGAUUACAGGAGCGUCGUCACGCGCGUCCCGCUGCGCCUGGAUUCGGCGCUGAUGCGCCAGCCCCGCGCCAUUCAGGGCGUUCCGCGGCCUACGGAACAGGGCAAGGCCAAGAAGCUGGUCAGGAAGCAGGUGGCUAGUAUGCUUGGUCCGCCGGCGGGGUUUAAGGUGCCCGAGUGA